AGCCUCUGUCUGGGUGGAAAGUUCACUUUUGAAAGUGCCAUGCUUAAAUUCAUUAGGAUGUCUACGAUGUAAUUAUUUAAAAACAAGACACUCUAGUUUGACACUGAGAAAUAUGGUUUGGCUCCCUGUAGACGGUGAUGGCCCCAGGUGAUAUGGUGCCGGAACAUGCCAAGCAGCAUAAGCUCAAGCAGGAGAAGGAGAAGCUUCAGAGCACGACCAGGCCUGAUGGAGACUCUGAGCCAGAUGGAUCUUUUGUCUUUGAGGCCCACGAGGCAUGGAAGGACUUCCACAACUCUUUGCGGCAGUUCUACGAAGUGGGGGAGCUCUGUGAUGUUACACUGAAGGUGGGAAGCAGGCUGAUACCAUGCCACAAGCUGGUGCUGGCCUGUGUCAUCCCUUACUUCAGGGCCAUGUUCUUGUCUGAGAUGUCAGAGACCAAACAGGACCUGAUAGAGAUCAAGGACUUUGACGGAGAUGCCAUCCACGACCUGGUGUGUUUUGCCUACUCCUCCCGCCUGACCCUGACAGUGGACAACGUGCAGCCUCUUCUCUAUGCAGCCUGUAUUCUGCAGGUGGAGCUGGUCGCCAGGGCCUGCUGUGAGUACAUGAAGGCACACUUCCACCCCUCCAACUGUCUGGCUGUCCGCACCUUUGCCGAGAGCCACAACCGCGUCGACCUGAUGGACAUGGCGGACCGUUAUGCUUGCGAGCACUUCCGGGAGGUGGUGAACUGUGAGGACUUCCUGUGCGUGUCGCCUCAGCACCUGAGAACCCUGCUGUCCUCCAGCGAACUGAACAUCCACUCUGAGACACAGGUUUACAUUGCUGCUGUCAAGUGGCUGAAGGCCAACCCCCAGCACCAUGAGGCCUGGCUGGACCAGAUCAUGACUCAGGUGCGCCUCCCCCUGCUCCCAGUAGACUUCCUGACAGGCACGGUGGCCAAGGAGGAGAUGAUCAAAAGAAAUCUGAGCUGCCGGGAUCUGCUGGAUGAGGCCAGGAACUAUCACCUGCACCUCAGCAACAAGAUGGUGCCUGACUUUGAGUACUCAGUCCGCACCACACCUAGGAAACAUACUGCAGGUGUAUUGUUCUGUGUUGGUGGCCGGGGAGGUUCUGGUGACCCGUUCCGCAGCAUCGAGUGUUACUCCAUCAGCAAGAACAGUUGGUUCUUCGGGCCUGAGAUGAACAGCAGGAGACGCCAUGUUGGAGUAAUUUCUGUAGGAGGUAAAGUGUAUGCAGUAGGGGGCCAUGAUGGUAGUGAACACCUGGGCAACAUGGAGAUGUUUGAUCCUCUCACCAACAAGUGGAUGAUGAAAGCUUCCAUGAACACUAAAAGGAGAGGCAUAGCUCUGGCAGCUCUGGAAGGUCCUAUCUACGCCAUCGGUGGUCUCGAUGACAACUCCUGUUUCAACGAUGUAGAGAGAUAUGACAUCGAGAGCGACCACUGGAGUGCUGUGGCACCCAUGAACACGCCCAGAGGUGGAGUGGGCUCUGUGGCCUUAGGGAAUCACGUGUAUGCUGUGGGCGGUAACGACGGUGUGGCCUCUCUAUCCAGUGUGGAGAGGUUUGACCCACAUCUCAACAAGUGGACAGAGGUCAGGGAGAUGGGCCAGAGACGGGCAGGGAACGGAGUCGGCGAGCUGAACGGGUGUCUCUAUGUAGUGGGUGGUUUUGAUGACAACUCCCCGCUGAGUUCUGUGGAGCGUUUUGACCCCCGUCUGAGUCGCUGGGACUACAUCUCUGAGCUGACCACGCCCCGGGGCGGAGUGGGUGUGGCCACGGUUAUGGGUUGCGUGUUUGCGGUCGGAGGUCACAACGGGAACAUCUACCUCAACACAGUGGAAGCCUUUGACCCCCGUAUGAACAGGUGGCAGCUGGUGGGGUCGGUGUCUCACUGUCGGGCCGGCGCAGGAGUGGCUGUCUGCUCCUCUCACAUCAGCCAGAUCAGAGACGUGGGCCAGGGCUCCAGCAACGUGGUGGACUGCAUGUGAUCCCUGAGCUGACCACACUGACCAAAUUCACGAGCAGACCAACCCAACCCAAGCACUCAACCACACUGUCACUGAGCAGGAGCACUAGUGGUUGUUCCUUUAAGCACUGACUGAAGGGUUCUCCCCAAAGAUUGUAAGAGGAGCGCUGCACCACCUUGUGAACUAGCUGCGCCACUUUGAGAAAUAAAAUACUUAACAAAUAAAGUUAUCAUAUACCGCAACUGUUUUUGCUCUAGAUUGCAGGAAAUGGCACUUAUAGGGGUUCAAAAACCUUUAUCAAGUGAAAAUGGCUGAUAGUUGAGCUUUAGACAUCAUAUUAAACAGGCCUUGAAUAUCAACUUGUAUUUUAAGAGCAACAAGUUAGUACUUACAAUGCAUUCGGAAAGUAUUCAGACCCCUUGACUUUUUCCACAUUUUGUUACAUUACAGCCUUAUUCUAAAAUUGACUAAAUAGUUUCCCCCCCUCAUCAAGCUACACACCAUACCCCAUAAUGACAAAGCAAACCAUUUUUGAAAAUAUCACAUUUACAUAAGUAUUCAGACCCUUUGCUCAGUACUUUAUUGAAGCAUCUUUGGCAGCGAUUACAGCAUUGAGUCUUCUUGGGUAUCUUCUUGGCACACCUGUAUUUGGGGAGUUUCUCCCAUUCUUCUCUGCAGAUACUCUCAAGCUCUAUCAGGUUGGAUGGGGAUCGUCACUGCACAGCUAUUUUCAAGUCUCCAGAGAUGAUCAGGUUGAAGUCCGGGCUCUGGCUGGGCCUCUCAAGGACAUUCAGAGACUUGACCGUAACCACUCCUUCACUGUCUUGGCUGUGUGCUUAGGGUCAUUGUCCUGUUGGAAGGUGAACCUUCGCCUCAGUCUGAAGUCCUGAGCACUCUGGAGCAGGUUUUCAUCAAGGAUCUCUGUACUUUUCUCUGUUCAUCUUUCCCUCGAUCCUGACUAGUCUCCCAGUCCCUGCCGCUGAUGGUGCCAGGUUUCCUCCAGAUGUGACGCUUGGCAUGCUGGUCAAAGAGUUCAAUCUUGCUUUCAUCAGACCCGAGAAUCUUGCUUCCAUCUGGCCACUCUACUGUAAAGGCCUGAUUUGGUAGAGUGCAGCACAGAUGGGAGAACCUUCCAGAAGGAUAACCAUCUCCACAGAGGGACUCUGGAGCACUGUCAGAGUAACCAUCGUGUACUUGGUCACCUCCCUAACCAAGGCCAUUCUCCCCCGAUUGCUCAGUUUGGCCGGGCGGUCAGCUCUAGGAAGAGUCUUGGUGGUUCCAAGCUUCUUCGAUUUUUAGGAAAGAAUGGCCACUGUUCUUGGGGACCUUCAAUGCUGCAGAAUGGUUUUGGUACCCUUCCCCUAGUCCUUGCCACGGACAAUUCCUUCGACUUCAUGGCUUGGUUUUCGCUCUGACUUGCACUGUCAAUUGUGUGACCUUAUAUAGACCGGUGUGUGCCUUUAUCAAAUCAAUUGAAUUUACCAUAGGUGGACUCCAAUCAAGUUGUAGAAACAUCUCAAGGAUGAUCAAUGGAAACAGGAUGCACCUGAGCUCAAUUUCGAGUCUCAUAGCAAAGGGUCUGAAUACUUGUGUAAAUAAGGUAUUUUUGUUUUUAUUAAAUUUCUUAACCUGUUUUCGCUUUGUCAUUAUGGGGUAUUGUGUGUAGAUUGAGGUAAUCAAUUCAUUUCAUACAUUUUACAAUAUGGCUACAACUUAACAAAAUGUGGAAAAGUCAAGACCUCAAUUUCACAUUCAUCACUGUCUAGUAGAUAAACGGAGCUCUUCAUAGGUUCCCAGCAGUCUCAUAUAAAACAGAGGGAGUGGAUUGUGACGCUGUUUAGUAAAGACUCAGUAAACAACCGUGUUUAGGAUAGAAAUCAGUUGACAUUCUUUUGAUUCCAGUUAAACCACAGAGACUAUGCUUUUAUUUUUAGUUAUUUUAUUUCGGGGCUUUCGAUCAGUGCCAUCUGCAUAGGCUCAGUGAUGCUAAAACCUCUUCAGUGUUAGCAUUAGCUAGCUGUAGCCUUUUUGCGUUGAAACAAUCAUUCCUGACAGACUGAGUCUCAUUGGGAUGUAUAAAACUAUGGAAGUCUUUUGCAGAGUUAGAUUAACUUGUGCUGCAAUAAAAUAGGUUUUUGAAAUGGCUGAGGGACUAGAGCUACCUGUACAGACAGUCUGGGGUCUUAGCAGAGUGCUACCCCUACUCUCUCUGUUCUUCUCGAUGAUAGCUGGGCUGUCAGUAAACAAUUGUGCUUUCAGACAUGUGAAGAUUAAUCUUCUAUCUGCCAAAUGGUUAAUAUAUAUUUUAAUAUAUGGAGUUGUGUAUUACGAAACCUGUGUAUCUUUUGUGUUAUUUACCAGGUAUCUUUAAUUUAUUGUUGUGCACUACUUUCCUGUAAUAGUCAGGGGUUUGAACAUACAGUAUUUUGUCCUAUGGUAAUUUUGAUGCUAUUUUCAAAAUGUUUUGACAGUGUCUGCUCUUUUUUGAGGCGUUGCGUUUGAAGCUUUUUCCUCACCCUUAUUUUCUUGUAUAUCCUCCUGGUUAAAGCAUUUCAGGUAAUUCUGGAUUUUAUUGUAAAACUGCUGUUGGUCAAAACAUUGACUGAAGAUUUAGAUUUUUAAAGCAAAAAUGUUUGAAGAGAUGAAGUAUACAAAACAUUAAGAACACCUGAUCUUUCCAUGGUAGACUGACCAGGUUUAUCUAGGUGAAAGCUAUGAACCCGUAUUGAUGUCACUUGUUAAAUCCACUUCAAUCAGUGUAGAGAUUAAGGAUUUUUAAGUCUUGAGACAUGGAUUGUGUAUGUGUGCCAUUCAGAGGGUAAAUGGGCAAGACAAAAGAUUUGUGCCUUUGAACGGGGUUUGGUAGUAUGGGGCCAGGCGCAACGGUUUGUGUCAAGAACUGCAAAGCUGCUAAGUUUUCCAUGUGUGUAUCAAUAUUGGUCCACCACCCAAAAGGAUAUCCAACGAAUUUGACACAACUGUGGGAAGCAUUGGUCAACAUGGGCCAUCAUCCCUGUGGAAUGCUUUCGACACUUUGUAAAGUCUAUGCCCCCGUGAAUUGAGACUGUUCUGAGGGCAAAAGGGGGGGGCUGCAACACAAUAUUAGGAAGGUGUUCCUAAUGUUUGGUGUAUUUGCUCUUGUACCCUCCAUUAAGGGCAUUUUGAAUUGUUGCACCAUUGGUUUGCUAUAUUCUACAAUUCAACUGUAUGCUGCCUCUUAUCAUACAUUACACGAGGGGUGUAUACUGACUUGCCAACCAUAACAUAGAAUGUGAAAGAUCUUGCUUUUUUUAAACAUUUUUUUACUGGUUCAGCUGUACGCUGUCUCAUAAUUUCCUCCCCUUUUUUUACAGCUUGAAUCUUAAUUUACUGUUAAUUUAGUUGGUAUUACUAUAAUAAAGCUGUCAAUGUAUAGAUUUUAAUAAUUUAUUGCACAUUUAUUGAGAAUGAAAUACAGAAAUGUCUAAUUUAUGUAAGUCAAUUACAUGUUAUGAAUUUGAAAGAUGCAUUUGUCUCCCAGUGUUGUUGGAAAGCACACUGAAGCAGGUUUUUCUCUAGGAUUUUCCUGUGCUUAGCUCAAGCAUACCCAUUACAUGAGCAAGCCACUACCAUGCUUGAAAAUUAAGUGGUACUCAGUGAUGUGUUGUAUUGGAUUUGCACCAAACAUUACUCUCAGGACGUUUUUAAAAAAUGCCAAGUUUUUUUGCAGUUUUUUUACUUUUAUUAAGCGAUUAAAACAGUCAGAGUUGAAUGGCUUUAGUCUCCAUUGGCCUCUUGGUGAAAUACCUGAGUGGUUUCCUUCCUAUCCAGCAACUGAGUUAGGAAGGACGAAUGUAUGUUUUUAAAAAUACAUUAUAAGGACCCAUACACUGAGAAGACAUUAUCUGUUUUAUAGGCUUACUGCAAGUAGGCUAAACACAGACAAGACAGAAAGAUAAAUGCGGUAAGAGACCCACUAAAGCAGCACCGCCCCCUUAAGAUUUUGAGCCUGUCUUGCAGGGUUGGUCUUACAAAUCCAAAGCCCCUGGAUUGGUGAGCAUAAUAUACAAGGAAUUUCUCAGAGCUGCUAAUGAGAACAUUGAUGACCUUGCACCUAGCGGUGGGAAUUCCGGUGAGGUGCCCACACCCAGGUAGUGACAGUGCUGGCAACACUAGCUACAGUAACCCAUGGGGCAGGGGUCAUACAGUCAGAGAGGGGGCAAAUUAUUGUGGCCCUGAUAGCACAAAAUAAUCAAAGAACUGCACAGAAAUGCUUGGGGAAAUGGUCACAUCGGGAGACGUGUAUGGUGUGUAUCAGAUCUCCAUCAGCUAGGACUUGACAUUGGUUAAUGAAAUAUCCCCAUUAUUGCAAAAUCUUGAAUGACUCUCAAACUGCUACAACUGUAAAUGCAUUCGCACAUCAAGUCCUUUCUUGAAUUGGACUCAGGAAUGGAACAACUUGAACAUCUGAGCUUGUGGUUGUUUAUGGGGAAGGGUGGGGAGUGUGUGUAUUCCACAUCUGUUGCUGUGGAGUAAUGAUGUUAAGGACAAAAUAGGAUGAAUCACAAUAACUGUUUGCCAAAAUAAUUGCUUGCCAAAAAUGUAAUUGUUGUAAUGGCAAUCCUGGUUACAGGUAACAAUCCUUAGCAUGAACUGCCUACAUUAUUAUGCAUAUUUUUUUAUUGUGGAAAUAAAUGAAGAUAUGCAUUAUUUGUAUCUUAUAACUGUAUAUAAUAUAAUCGAGGUGAGGGCGUUGGCAAGGAUUUUGGUGGUUGAUCUGCUACUGUUCUGUGGGUGGAAUUGUGUGCUUUUUUCAAAUGAUGGGUCCCAAUCUUUCAAAGGCCCUAGGAUCCAGGCACCUCAUUUAUAAAAAUAAAAAAAUCUUACAUUUA